AUGCACUGUUUUAUGAUGAUUGUUCUGCCGGCGAGUUCUCUGGGAAGGAGCAGAGGUGAGCCUGGGAUCGGCAUCUCUCUGGACACAGCUGGGCGGCUUCGACUUGAGGACAAACAGAAGGACCUGGCACUUACUCGAGGGGAAAGACUCGGGGAGGCCGCUCUUUUUUGGGUGAGGAUGGGGCUUUGGUUCCUGGGAGCGGCUCUCUUUGGACUCCUGCCAGGCCUGUGGGCAGAAACCUUCACGUCCAUGUUCAGCAUCCAGCAAGCCCUGGCGACCGAGAGGGAACUCCUCCACUGCUUGCGGACGUACCUCGAAGAAGAGACGAGCAGGAUCGAGGACCUUCGAAGGUUCUACAAGAAGAUCCUGGCCUUACAUCAAGGAGUGGAGGGCACUGUGGUUAACCCCCUCUCAGCCUUCACCCUGAUCAAGAGACUCCAGUCGGACUGGCUGAACGUGGUCUACAGCAGGGAGGCCGGAGACAGCAGUCGAGCCCUCAAGAGCGGUUACCAGAGGCUGGAGAAGAGCCUGCCCGCCUUUGAGGACUUGGAAGGGGCUGCCCGGGCUGUGAUGCGGCUGCAGGAUGUCUACUCCCUCAGCGUGAAGGGGCUGGCCCAAGGGAAGUUCCAGAGAGCCAGCGGGGCUCCCCUCUCAGACCUCUACAGCCCCCGGCAGGAUUUCUCCCUUUCCGCCGACGACUGCUUCCAGAUAGGCAAGGUAGCCUAUGACAUGGAAGACCAUUACCAUUCCAUUGCCUGGCUGGAGGAAGCCGUCAGCCUCUUCCGGGUCUCCUACGGGCGCUGGAACACGGAGGACGAGGGAAGCCUUGAAGACGCGCUGGACCAUCUUGCCUUUUCUUACUUCAAGGCAGGAAACAUCUCUCAUGCCUUAAGCCUGUCCCAAGAAGUUCUUCACUAUGAUCCCAGCAACAAGCGGGUUGCCAGAAAUGUCCUGAAGUAUGAGAAACUUUUGCUCGAAUCGUCCGAGAGCAGCGAGGAAACACCGGCUCUGCGGAGGCCCAACGUGACACACCUGGAGACCAGAGACCUUUACGAACACCUUUGCCAGAACUUGGGAUCUCAGCCCACUCGGUACCGGGAGGCUCAACUCUACUGCUCCUACGAAGCCAACGGGGACCCUCAACUGAUCCUCCAGCCGCUGAGGAGGGAAAUUGUCCACUGGCGACCUUAUGUAGCCCUCUACCACGACUUCGUCAGCGACUCUGAAGCUGAGAAGAUCAAGGAGUUGGCUGCUCCGCGGUUGCAGAGGUCAAUCGUCGCCUCCGGGGAGAGACAACAGAAAGCAGACUACCGGAUAAGCAAAAGCGCUUGGUUGAAAGACGCCGUAGAUCCGCUAAUUGGGACACUCGAUCGGCGAAUCGCAGCUCUGACUGGCCUCGACAUCCAGCACCCGUAUGCGGAAUACCUGCAGGUGGUGAAUUAUGGCCUGGGGGGGCAUUACGAACCGCAUUUCGACCACGCGACUUCAAGAAAAAGCCCCCUUUACCGGCUGGAAUCUGGAAACCGAAUAGCCACAUUGAUGGUUUAUCUGAGUUCUGUAGAAGCCGGAGGAUCCACGGCCUUCAUCUAUGCAAACUUCAGCAUUCCGGUGAUGAAGAAUGCAGCUCUGUUUUGGUGGAACCUGCAUAGGAACGGAGAGGGAGACGAAGACACCCUCCACGCUGGCUGCCCGGUGCUCGCAGGAGAUAAAUGGGUGGCCAACAAGUGGAUCCACGAAUACGGACAAGAGUUCCGGAGGUCGUGCGGCACCAGCCCAGAAGACUAGCCAACCCAAGUGUCCUGCUUUGUUGGGGAGACACCCCA